CGGUGUGAUUCGUGUGAACACAAAUCGACGUCGUUCCACGUGUAAGAUUUACUACUGAUUUCUGUGGUGGCAUAUUCUCAGCCUUUAGAUGAAGUCAUCAAUGUCGUGGCACUCUGAAGUUAAAAGCUCCAGACGAUGUGGAGAGAGAAAAGCUGGAGCGAGGAUCCAGCUAACCCUCUCUCUCUCUCUCCUUGUCUCUCCCCCACAAUAAUCGCGUAAUUAUCAUGUGGAGCUGGACCUCCGCCCUCGUCGGAGCAGCAUCCGCCACAGCCGCGGCGGCGAUAAUCUCGGCCAAGCCAAGAGACCCCACUUUCCACGUAAUCUCCAUCACUCUCAACUCCCUCAAGCUCAAUUUCCCCGUCCUCGACGCCGAGCUAAUCCUGACCAUCCACAUCACCAACCCCAACAUCGUUCCCAUCCGCUACUCCUCCACCGAGAUGUCCAUCUUCUACGACGGCUCCCUCCUCGGCUCCGCCCACGUCGACGCCGGCUCCCAGCCGGCCAAGUCCGGCCGGAUCCUCCGGCUCCCGGCUAGGCUCAGCGGCCUCGAGCUGGCCCACCACGCCGCGAAGUUUGUCGCGGACGUUAGGCAGCGGGAGAUGGUUCUGGACGCGGCGGUGGAUAUUCUGGGGGCGGCUAAGGUUUUGUGGUGGGACCAUAAGUUUAAGGUGCACGUUGAUAGUCAUGUGGUGGUUGAUCCUGUGUUUCUCGAUGUGAUUGAUCAGGAAAACAAGGCGGAGAUGGAAGUCAUGUUAGUGUGAGUUGUGUGGAAUCGUUAAUUCGCACACAACCGUCUUUUACUGCAUUUGAAUUAUUGAAUUAACUUGAGAGUAUACUUGUUCACGCACAUGAAGUGUUUGAUGAAAUGUGACGGUGGAAAUUUAUUUGUUCGCUUCUCUCUGCACAAGAAUGGAAAUGGAGGACGUGUAGAGGAAAUACGAGAAACCAAUUACUAGGAAAGAUUCCUCAUCUACUCGAUACUUUGUAUCGUACUAAGUCUAUCUAUUUCUUGUUUUUGUUACGACUCACCUUGGUUCUAGUUCUGAUUGAUGGUGGUAGUACUGAUGCUAGUAAUUGGAUCUUCUCUCUUUGUUUUUGUUUCAUCUUUCUCCUUUGAGUGGUAGCAGAUCAAAGGAUUUUUCAAGAGAAGCUUCAUGAGUUAACGAAGGUACUGGAUUAUUGCGAUUUGAAUUGAGUUUAGAAUUAUUCAUACCCUUUGAUAUUUA